CCGGAAGAACUCCCGUUAACCGAGCGCUGUUUGCUGGGCGGCAGAUUUCGUGCGUUAUGAACGUAAUGGGGACGCCGUAGUUCUACUGUUAUUGUUAUUCAGAUGAUUCGAACUUUUUUUUGUGUGUGCGAGUCUGUGAUAGUUUAUUACUAACUGGUUGACAACGGUAGCAUUAAAUGUCUGUCCGAUCAGAUCUGACCAAAAUUCAAAGAGUUUAAUAGUUACGUGACUUGUAGUUAAGGUGAAGAUAUGAAGUGAUUCAGAACAGCAUCAACGAAACGAACCUAGAAUGGAAUCAUUUAUGGAUAACUUCAGGGAGAGGAGUGAAGUGGAACGGGAGUGGCUGCAGGAGCUAUUCGUGUUCGUGAAGGACAAUCUGUUCCCGGUUCUCGGUCCAACCACCGGUAGUGUUUCCCCGGAACAGCUCUCGCUAGCCAUGAUACGGAGAGUGGAACGGGCGGUGGGCUCCUCGUCUGCCCGGUCUCUGCCGCUCAGUUACAGGCUCAUCUCCGUAGCUGAGCUGGUUACCUGGCAACGCACACCCUGCUGUAGCAACCUGACCUGGAGCACCGCUCAGCACAGAGAAUGGGUCCGGGAGGCGGAGCAGGCUCUGCCCAAUCACAAGGCUUUGCCGCGUGCCAGCCUGUUGCUGAUAGGCUGUCUCAGUGAUGGGUGUGACCCAGAGAGGUCAUGUGACGGAGCGUGGCGUGUGAGGGACGCCACCGGGACCGUGCACUGUGAGCUACUGAGCCCCUCCCCUCUCUGGCUGGGCCUGCCGGUUCUCUUCCCCUGCUGGAAUUACAUCCCCCAGCCUGCACUGGGGAAGGACCAGGAAGUGGAGGAGAGGGGCUACCUGGAGCUGGUUGGCUGUCCCCUACCCCUGACCUCUGACAUAGAGAUGACCUUUAACCCUGCAGGGGUCAACCUGAAGAGAGCUGUGGGGGUCAGAGAAGCUGCAGAACUCAUACAGCACAGGGUGCGAGGCCUUCGUGUAAAGGUGUAUGGGGAGGUUUCUGGAGUCUACCCUCUACUGAACAUCGCAGGGAGGUCCCUCUUCUGUCUCCGUCUGAGAGAGGGACGACACACUCUACCAUUACUGGUCACGGAGCCGUGCUGUCUGUGGUGGCAGUGUGUGUGUGUGGGAGGGAGUGUGUGUUUUCGGGGGCUGCGUGUGUGUGCACUGCAAGGCUGGUCUGGGAACAGGGUUCUGUGUGCAACGAGUCAGUCUUCUCUCACUUUGCUUCCUGACACACUGAUCCAGGACCUGUCUGAUCCACCCACAUUGGGACAAGCACACCCAGACCCAGACCCUAUCCACCGCUGUCUGACUGCAGUAGUACCUGGGUGUCCUCUCCCAGAGAGACGGGGCGCUGGACCAGACCCAGACCCCUCUCCCAUCCUGAGGCCCAAACUCUCCAAGGCUAUCAGCUACAAGGGUGUGCUGACCAGUGUCCUGAGUGCGGCAGCGGGGCUCUAUGUGAUUGACGGGAAGGUGGGCCUGUGUUUGGCCUAUCAGCCACUGCAGAGGCGUGGCCUGCCCGGGGCGGAGAUAGAACUCCAUGAUGUCCAUUUCCUGUACCGCCUCCCUCACUUCCAUCCCUGCAUGCUCUGCGUGUGUCUACACUCCAGUCUGCGUGUCACUUCCUUCAGCCGCCUGGGGUCAGAGGUCGACCGCCUAGCGACGCCCCGCUGCCGUGGCUACUGGGAGAGGAAUCUGGGCGUGUCUCAGUACCUGUGGCUCUGUCACUGCUGCAGAGCUCUAAGAGACAGACUGGUCCCUCGCUGGGUGAAAGAGGAGUGCGUGUAUGUGGUGGCUAGGAGGCUGUUUGAGUGUGUGGUAACGUCAGAGAAGGGAGGAGGGAGGAGAGACAUCUACAGAGAGAUGCUACAGGAGCCACACCACUGUCCCCUCACUGAGUACUCUGUGAGUUCUCCAGUGUGUGAGUACGUGUCGGUGUCAGACUGUGUGUGUGUGAUGGAGAAAGAGGGCUGGUCGUCUCUGUCUCUCUCCUCUCUACUCCCAGCCUGUGGUAGUUCCCUGACUCAGGCUGAGCUGAACCCAUCUAUAGCCUGGUCCGUAGGCCUCUCUCUGGGGCAGGACAGUCAGCCCCGACCCCUACUGCUGGUCGGAGUGUUGGAGCUCCCUGGAACACACACACUCCGCCUGAGAGACCAGACCGGCGCCGUGACCUGUGUUGCCGUGGAGACUGGCGAUGAUGACUCGGGUGGUCAGAGAGCUGCCAACAACACUGCUUGGAUAGGUUGCUUGGUGUGUGUGCAGAGGUUCACCAUGGUGAUGGAGAGAUUCCUCCAAUCAGAGUUCCCUUCAUACAGACACCUGGACCAGGACCGUUACAUCACACACAGACACUGCAGGGUGUACAUCCAGCUGUGUCUGAACGACCUCCAGAUUCUCAGCCCCUCUGCUGCCAUGGCAUCACUCCUCAACAGAACGACACAGGGAGGAGAGAGGGUGGAGAGGAGAGAGACAGAGAGAGAGAGGGAGGAGAGGAGAGAGAAAGGGGGAGAAGAGAGGGUGGAGAGGAGUGAGACAGAGAGAGAGAGGGAGGAGAGGAGUGAGACAGAGAGAGAGAGGGAGGAGAGGAGAGAGAAAGGGGGAGAAGAGAGGGAGGAGAGGAGAGAUGACGUUUCUGAGAGGAAGAAGAGGAGCAGAGAAGAAGAGAGGAUAGAGGAAAAGAAAGAGGAGAGAGAGGGAGGGGCCAAGAGAGCACGACAAAACCACACAGAGAACAAGACCUGCUCCCAACCAGGAGGAGCCUCAUUGCCAGGCGACCGGCCCUGUAUCUCCGUGGUGAUGUGUGUGGAAGGAAAGGAGGGCGUGGCCUGGCGGAACGAGGGGAUUGCCUGUGAGGGAGAAGAGGCUGGGUUAUCUCUGUGUUUCUCUGUGAGGGCUGAUCUCAUUGGUCAAAUUCAGCGGUGGGGGCGGGACCCCAGGAACUGUCCAUUACAGGAGAGAGAGACAGACGGACAGACCAGAACGGUAGAGCUGUUGUUUGUGAGGUCAUCAGUACGCUGGUUUCCUCUGAUCCAGGCUGGAUCUUUCUACAGACUCAUCGCUCCUAACACCCAGGAUCCCAGUGUUCUGAUUGGCUGUCGUGUUGCUGGGAGGAGUGGUGUAGUGCUCCAUACGAACCCCUCCCUCCUUGUGCGCUCUGAUUGGAGGAUCCACACCCUGACCCACCCACUCCUGACCACGCCCUACUCCCAGUUUGUUUCUCAGAAGGGCAUGUCUGUGGCUGAGGUCCUGGACUGCAGCAGUGGGGUGGAUCUGGUGUCGUUCCAUGGAGUCAUAUCUCAGAGGAUCACCCUACAGAGAGGAACGACCACACACACUCCUGCACAGAGAGGAACGACCACACACACUCCUGCACAGAGAGACGUGGAAGCAGGACUGAGUGUGAGGUUGACGGUGUGUGUGGAGCCCAGAGGGCGGAGCCUGCAGGUCUAUUUGGACCUAAGCCUCACCCCCUACCCUCCCGGCCUGGUACCCGGAAACACUGUCCAGUUUACCAGCUUCCAACGCAGGCUGUCACGGGUGGGAGGGGUGUAUUGUCGUUCUGUCCCAGUCAGCUGUUUGACCAUCAUGGCCCUGGGAAAGACAGACACCCAGUCAUGUGACUCUCCUCCUCCCAUGAUCCUCUUGGGUGUGUGGGCAUUGGCAGGGGCAAAGCAGUGCAUUUUGGGCCGUGUCAGAGGUCAUGUGGUGUGUGUUCUCUACCUGCAGCUGCAGUGGACUUGUUCUCUGUGUGGCAGUAUAUACACACAGGAGAGGUGUACUCGGUCUCAGCCUCCCUGUAAUUCUACCUCUGCUGUGUUUCAGGCCGAAGCCAAGGCAGCUGUAGAGGAUGGCAGUGGAGAGGCCCAUAUUUGGUUCUCCUGUCCAGUAAUUUCCGGUUUACUGGGGUUAGCCAUGCCCCAGUGGGAAGGGCUUCAGAGGUCACUGAGGGUCAGGGGUCACCUCAGGGUCUACACACGGGGGCGGAGCCUGGUGUGUGAUGUGGACGCUGACGACCCUCUCCUCCAGUACCUGUCCUGUGUGUGUAGCAGCAGCACCGUGUGUCGCCCCCUAACUCUCAUCUGCACUCUACACACACGUUCACACACACCUGCUUCACGCAGAGAGGACUCUGCCCAGCUGAAGAGGUUUACCCGAGGAGACAGAGAGUUUGUGACUCGGAUGCCCCCCCCUCUCCAACUCACCUGUACACACAUCCUGGAGGAGAGAGAGCGGGACUGAGAGAGCGAUAGGGAGACUGAGGGAGCGAUAGGGAGACUGAGGGAGCGAUAGGGAGACUGAGAGAGCGAUGGGGAGACUGAGGGAGCGAUGGGGAGACUGAGAGAGCGAUAGGGAGACUGAGAGAGCGAUAGGGAGACUGAGGGAGCGAUAGGGAGACUGAGGGAGCGAUAGGGAGACUGAGGGAGCGAUAGGGAGACUGAGAGAGCGAUAGGGAGACUGAGGGAGCGAUAGGGAGACUGAGAGAGCGAUAGGGAGACUGAGAGAGCGAUAGGGGGACUGAGGGAGCGAUAGGGAGACAGAGAGGGACUGAGAGAGCGAUAGGGAGACUGAGAGAGCGAUAGGGAGACUGAGAGAGCGAUAGGGAGACUGAGGGAGCGAUAGGGAGACAGAGAGCGGGACUGAGAGAGCGAUAGGGAGACUGAGAGAGCGAUGGGGAGACUGAGGGAGCGAUGGGGAGACUGAGAGAGCGAUGGGGAGACUGAGAGAGCGAUAGGGAGACUGAGAGAGCGAUAGGGAGACUGAGGGAGCGAUAGGGAGACUGAGGGAGCGAUAGGGAGACUGAGAGAGCGAUGGGGAGACUGAGGGAGCGAUGGGGAGACUGAGAGAGCGAUAGGGAGACUGAGAGAGCGAUAGGGAGACUGAGGGAGCGAUAGGGAGACUGAGGGAGCGAUAGGGAGACUCAGAGAGCGAUAGGGAGACUGAGGGAGCGAUAGGGAGACUGAGGGAGCGAUAGGGAGACUGAGGGAGCGAUAGGGAGACUGAGAGAGCGAUAGGGAGACUGAGAGAGCGAUAGGGAGACUGAGAGAGCGAUAGGGGGACUGAGGGAGCGAUAGGGAGACAGAGAGAGGGACUGAGAGAGCGAUAGGGAGACUGAGAGAGCGAUAGGGAGACAGAGAGCGGGACUGAGAGAGCGAUAGGGAGACUGAGAGAGCGAUAGGGAGACUGAGAGAGCGGGACUGAGAGAGCGAUAGGGAGACUGAGAGCGGGACUGAGAGAGCGAUAGGGAGACUGAGAGAGCGAUAGGGAGACUGAGGGAGCGAUAGGGAGACAGAGAGCGGGACUGAGAGAGCGAUAGGGAGACUGAGAGAGCGAUAGGGAGACUGAGAGAGGGACUGAGAGAGCGAUAGGGAGACUGAGAGAGCGAUAGGGAGACUGAGAGAGGGACUGAGAGAGCGAUAGGGAGACAGAGAGCGGGACUGAGAGAGUGAUAGUGAGACUGAGGGAGCGAUAGGGAGACUGAGGGAGCGAUAGGGAGACUGAGGGAGCGAUAGGGAGACUGAGAGAGCGGGACUGAGAGAGCGAUAGGGAGACAGAGAGAGCGGGACUGAGAGAGCGAUAGGGGGACAGAGAGCGAUAGGGAGACUGAGGGAGCGAUAGGGAGACUGAGGGAGCGAUAGGGAGACUGAGAGAGCGAUAGGGGGACUGAGGGAGCGAUAGGGAGACUGAGAGAGCGAUAGGGGGACUGAGAGAGCGAUAGGGAGACUGAGGGAGCGAUAGGGAGACUGAGGGAGCGAUAGGGAGACUGAGGGAGCGAUAGGGAGACUGAGGGAGCGAUAGGGAGACUGAGGGAGCCAGCGAGGGACUGAGGGAGCCAGCGAGGGACUGAGGGAGCGAGGGACUGAGGGAGUGAGCGAGGGAGGCCGAGGUUGCGGGCGAGGUACUGAGGGAGCGAUAGGGGGACUGAGAGAGCGAUAGGGAGACUGAGAGAGCGAUAGGGAGACUGAGGGAGCGAUAGGGAGACUGAGAGAGCGAUAGGGAGACUGAGGGAGCGAGGGACUGAGGGAGCGAGAUACUUGAGGACUGAGGGAGCCAGCGAGGGACUGAGGGAGCCAGCGAGGGACUGAGGGAGCGAGAGGGAGGCACAGAGCUAGGGUGGAGAGAGGGACUGAGGG